AUGGAUAGCCCGGCAAAACGGAAAUAUGCUACUUGUAUUCUCUCAGUCCUCGAACCGAGCUCGGUGCCCUUACCAACCAGAAUCAUUGCACAUCGCGGAGAUGCUCUGUGCUUAUUGGAUGGAGGCGUCCAUUCGCACAGUACGCUCGGCGGCAGACGUAUUGACUUCUCUGGCAUCAACCUCAAGAUGAUUCUAGACUGGGUGCAGGCUUGCCAGGACCGCCAUGAUGCAUCGUGUCUUCCGAUGGCAACCGAAGAAUUGGGAAAAGUCAGGCUCAUCGACGUUGAGACCCGCACAAUAGUCCGAUAUCCUGGGUUUGACUGCGAAUAUAUUGCACUUAGCUACGUUUGGGGAGAUGUGGUUCAGUCCACUUACCGGCUUGGAGAUGUCAUCCAAUCCCUUCCUCGUACACUCGAGGAUGCGCUGUCGUUGACAAGGAAGCUUGGGAAAAGAUACAUGUGGAUCGAUUCCGUCUGCAUUGACCAGUCAGACGAUGAAGACAAAUCUGAGCAAAUCAACAGAAUGUGGAGCAUAUACAAGGGUGCAUGGGUCACCGUGAUUGCGCUAUCGGGCUCUUCAGCGGAUGCAGGGCUGCCACGAUUCAGUCGACAACAGCACCAUCCGCAGCUCAGCAGCUACAUUGAAGGAAAGGCCAUUGUGAGCUUGAUGCCGACAUUGUCGCAGCAAAUCUGGAUGUCGCCCUGGGGCCAACGUGCUUGGACUCUGCAAGAAGGCCUGUUAUCACCGCGUUGCCUCUAUAUCAGCGACCACCAAAUCUACUACGACUGCUCCUCCAUGCAAUGCUGCGAGUCACUCGACGAUUCAAGGUCAUGGGCUCAUCAUUUGACUCCAGCUUCCAACCCGACUCAAGAAGGUUUUGUCACGUGGAUGCUACGUCAAGCGGGAGCUGGAGCACUGAGGAUCCCACUUGACUGGCCUUCACGAAGACUGGAGCAUUGGGGAGAAAAAUUGAAUCUCUAUUCCUACCGGUUGAUGACCUACCCGGAAGACGCCAUCAGGGCUUUCCUCGGAGUGCUUCAACGUCUUGAGACCAUAUACCCGGAAGGGUUUUUCGAGGGACUGCCUGUGGAGGACUUCGACUGGGCGCUCACGUGGGCAUCUCAAACACCUCCUUCGCGUCGUCAAGGUUUCCCAUCGUGGUCAUGGGCUGGUUGGCUAGGCCCCUUGUUCUUCGGACAGCCAGUAGACGUCAAGAAAACGCGACGCCUCGCCACGGAUCUAGAUAUUAGAGCCUGCAGGGCAGGAGAGUUACGGGAAGUUUUUGUGACUCGAGGAAAUGGUAAUAUCGGCGGUAGCGAUAUUAAGCUAGUCAUACUGCACGACCCUGUCGAUAGAGCCGCUCUCCAGGAGCCGGAGGAGGCCGAGUUUGAUCUUAAGAAACAUCCCUCUGCUGAACAGGAUAGGUAUCUAUUCAUCACGGCAAUAUGCUUUCAUUUCACGCCGGAUUUCUCGAAUCCUCGAACAGGAACCUACGCAUCUGGUCAGAACGAAACUUUUCUAAUCACCAUCAGGAAUACACCUUGUUUGAUCAGGAUAUUCAGCACUGACCGUCAUAUCCAGGGACGGUGGGACCAAGGUCGCUGGGUCGCAGAAGAAUAUCAAGAGAAGCAGACAUUCAUGCUGCUGGCUCGCGAUCAUCUUGAGGGAUUCAUCUUGCAUAAGCUCAUGCUCUUGAAAAUGGGAACUUCGUCCAUUGUCGCAGAGCGAGCCACUGUCCUCGAGCUACUGGUGCCUUUGGACGAGCUGGACGUCCUAGAAGAGUACAGCCCCAAGAGGCGGCGGAUUGUACUUACUUAA